AUGGCCGAUACGCCGAAAGCCUCGUCCACGCAGCAGAGCCUGGUUAUCGCAAAUGCGGGGGUUGGUGCGAACGCCGACUCCAACCGCUCUCUGCCGCGCAAAGACACCGACAAUACCACACAAACCCUGGAGGACCUAGCGAGGCAGAACGUGGCUCCAUUCCUCGCAAAAUAUCAGCCACGACAAUAUGCGCCUUUGCGCUCGCAGGUGUCGACUCCAUCCGAGCCACACCUAGUAAAUGCCAGCUACUGCUAUCGUCAUCAACCGGACUCAAAAUGUAGCAGACGCCAAGCCGAUGAACAGUCGAUGACCCAGCUGCAGUCCGAGCUGAAUUUACUCCCUCAAAGUGACCAACAGGGUAUUGCCCAUGUGUGGUCGUUGUUCUCCGCUGCUCCAGCGAAGCAGCGGACUCUCAUGCUCCAGGGAAUUCUAGCGCAGUCCUGCUUCCCCCAACUAUCCUACAUCUCCGCCAGUGUCCGCGAACUCAUCCGAAUCGAUUUCCUCGCUGCCCUUCCUCCAGAGCUGUCCUUCAAAAUUCUCCGUUACCUCGACACGGCCUCCUUGUGCCGAGCAGCACAAGUUUCUCCCCGCUGGAGAGCGCUCGCCGAUGAUGAUGUGGUGUGGCACCGGAUGUGCGAGCAGCACAUUCGACGGAAGUGUCAUAAGUGUGGUUGGGGUCUUCCUCUUCUGGAUCGCAAGCGUCUGCGCGAAGCCAAGCGUGAGAUUGAAUUGCGCGCCACCAACUGGGGCAACAACAAGCCUGCAGUUGGGUCUACCGAAGCUGCAAUGGUCGAAUCUUGCUCGACAGUCGAACCUUCCGCCAUUGGCAAACGCAAGCUGGAAUCCGACGAAGAAGCCGCUGCCCUUGCAAAGCGCCAUUGUGCAUCGCCUCCCCAGAGGUUUAUCGGGACCGAUUCGUUGUCGGUAUGA